AGACAGAGUAGUUGAAGGAGAGAAUAGAGCAACAAUGGUGGUAUUGUCAUCGAAAGGACGUGAAGAAGAAAGAGGAGCGAUUGUAAUGACAAAGGUGGUGGAAGUAAGAGAAGAGGAAGAGGGUGUCUUGGUUCCUCCUUCGAAUUUCUCUAUGGUUGAAAGAGGGAUCUAUAGAUCUGGUUGCCCUAAUGAAUCUAAUUUUGGUUUCCUCGAAUCCCUAAAUCUUCGAUCAAUCAUAUACUUGUGUCCUGAACCAUACCCUGAAGUUAACUCUGAAUUUCUUCGAAGUCAGAAUAUCAAGCUUUUCCAAUUUGGGAUUGACGGAAACAAGGAGCCUUUUGUGACUAAUCCCAAGGAUGCCAUCACGGAAGCACUGAAGGUCCUACUUGAUGUUCGGAAUCAUCCAGUUCUGAUCCAUUGCAAACGUGGAAAGCAUCGGACAGGUUCCCUUGUGGGUUGCUUGAGGAAACUCCAGAAUUGGUGCUUGUCUUCGGUGUUUGAAGAGUACCAGCGGUUUGCUGGUGUCAAAGCCAGGGUAUCAGAUAUGAGGUUCAUCGAGAUGUUUGAUGUCUCAUCUUUAAGACAUUGUCUCUACAGCAUCAUCUACCGUUACCAGGGGUAUGGGAUGCACAAUAGACGCCUUGUUUACCCAGGGGACAACUUACAGAAACCACAGUUAACUUCCAGUUGAAUUGAAUUGGAUAGCCUUUCUGCAUUUGCAGAAGUUGCAUAUAACUUUCACAUAGCAAGAAACAGAUACUUUCUCAGGAUUUCUCCUAAUUUGCUCUUGAGAGCCUAUAACUCCACUUCACUCUUUCUUUUUCUCCAUUUUUUCUUUACAUG